AUGAGGAUUUCUCAGGAGGAAACUUCAUUCCCAAUCACUCGUGAGAUCUGCCGUGGUCACCAAGUUUAUCAGCAAGUCUGUGCAUCUUGCCACUCCAUGUAUCUCAUCUCAUACCGUGAUUUGGUGGGUGUUGCCUACACAGAGGAAGAGGCAAAGGCAAUGGAUGCUGAGAUCGAGGUUGUUGAUGGUGACCAAGUGACGAAGGUGAGAGAUGUUCACCCGAUCUGGUAAACUCAGUCCUCCAAUGAGUCAGAUGCAAGGUUCGCCAAUGGAGGAGCGUAUCCACCUGAUCUAAGUCUUAUAACUAAGGCACGUCAUAAUGGCCAAAACUACGUCUUUGCUCUUUUGACUGGUUACUGUGACCCUCCUGCUGGAAUUUCGAUAAAAGAAGGGUUACACUACAAUCCUUAUUUCCCUGGUGGAGCAAUCGCUAUGCCAAAGAUGCGUAACGAUGAAGCUGUUGAAUAUGAAGAUGGAACUCUUGCAACAGAAGCUCAGAUGGGUAAAGAUGUUGUAUCAUUCUUGUCCUGGGCAGCAGAACCAGAAAUGGAAGAGGAAACUGAUGGGUUUCAAGUGGAUAUUCUUACUAUCAUUGGCUUUGCUUCAAGCUGCAUAUUACAGGAGACUGAAAUGGCCAGUUCUCAAAUCUCGGAAGCUGGUUCUUGACGUCGUCAACUAAUAAUCCCCUGAAGAUGAGUUUUUUUUUCUCUAUUUCUUGUAUCCAAUUUUUUUUUUUUUUUCUUGUAUCCAAUUUAUUAGACGAACUUUGCAAAAGCGGUUCGAUCUCUUGCACACAAUUCUGUAAAACGAAUUACGUUCGUCUGCGUUUGAUAAAUUCAUGUCCAAAAUCCAUAAAACCUUUUACAUC